AUGGCGACCCACGACGUGACGAUGGAGUUCGAGCUGGUCAAUUGUGAUGGAAACCACCGACGGUGGAUUUUUCCCGCGUGGCCGGUGAGGUGCGCCGGCGUGUUGAAAAGAAAAACGAAAACAUUAACUCCAUUGGCUGAAGCUAGAAGGUCACAAGAUACUGCCGCUGAUUGUUUUCCAGGAAUCCUAUCUUUGCAAGCAGAAGGUACCAGCGAUGGAGUCACCAACAGUUUUCCUUCGCCAUCGAGUGUCCAACCAGCUGGUUUAGAACAAUCGUUAAAUCAAGCAGGCAUACCGGGUUCUUCUCGCCUUGCCGGUGGAAAUCCUGGGCUAUCUGCUUCGACUUCUACAUUUGAGAAAACGAGUGUCUUUAUGAUCGAUGUAGGCCGCUCGGCCUGUUUGGUAGACACACGCGAGUGGUUACAAGGUGGCACAAGGGCCUUGGAUGCCGUUCUCGGUCUCUCUGCUGGUGGUGGUUAUCGGAUCGCACGCGGAGAUGAUCGCCGGAAAAUCGGAACUUGGGUCGUCGGGCCGGGUUUGCCGCUCUCGCCGGACCUUGCUGCUUGGACUGCUGAAAAUGGCUCGCCGAGAAUGGGGUGUGGCUCGGUUGGGUUCGCCGUCACGCCUGGAGGUUGGAGCUCGGAGGUCGAAUCGCGAGGAGGAGAGCCCGAUUCGGAUUUCAAUGUUGACGAGGAGGAAGAGUCUCAUUCGAGUGAAAUGGGUUUGGAUGCACCAAAGGACGAUAGUGACACGGUCACUGAUAUUCCAAAACCAAGAACAUCGAAAAUCCCCAAAUACAUCGAAACAACCCCAGCAAAAUCCUUCGUCUACACCAUCAAUUCCAUCUCCUUCCCCCCAGUCGCCCCCCACGACUUCGCCGCCGCGCAUUCUACCACAGUCUCCAUCUUCUCCGGCCAGACCCUUGACCACAGAUCCACGAUCUCCGACUUUUCCGACACCGUUGCAUCUGCCUCCUUCCGUGGCGACAGAAAGCUUCUCGCCGCCGGAGACCUGACAGGCAUCGUCGACGUGUUCGCGGCCCUCGAUUUGGAGCCGUCAAUUUCAGAAUCAUCCCGUGUCAUUUCCAGAAGACAUUGGCAUUAUUCUUCGAACGAGUGA